GCAACCGCGAAUAAUGGACUCGCGUAACGGCAACGCCGCGGCGGCGGCUCCGCUGCCCCAGUACCCGCACCCCCUCCUGGCGCUCCCCGACCUCGACCGCCCGCCGGCGGUCCUGGAGAUGUGGGAGCUGGAGGCGGUCGCUGCCGCGCUCCCGGCCAAGAAGCGCCGCCUCCGGGAGACCUUCGACCGCCUCGCGGCCUGCGCCCCCGCGCCGCUCCCCUUCCGCUGGGAGGACCUCGACUCGUACAUCUCAUCGCUCCAGUACCCCGUGACACUCCGACGCCGCCAGCUCCGGGAACUCGACGAGUCCCGGCCCGCCCCGGCCCUUGCGCCUGCUCCGGCCGCAGUGCCCGCCGCGCCGUCCGCCACCGGCGAUGGCGUCCGCCAGGUGGCACAGCCCGUCCAUGCCCCUGUCCCGAUCCCACCCGCCGUCUCCGAGCCGGCCGCUACCGGCGGCGCCGCCCGCAAGCUUCGGGCCCUCGACGAGCCCGAACCCGCCAAUGGCGCCCCUGACCCGGCUCCCGCUCAGCCCGCCGUCCCCGCGCCGGCCGCUACCGCCCUGGACGCCGAAAAGGGCAAGAAGCGGAAGACGUCCAGCCACGAGGCGGACGCGACUCACGCGGAGAUCCGUGUGCAGGAGGACGCAGCGGCGGCGUCUCCGCUGGAAGAGAUGAAUUGCAACGGCAAGAAGUCAAGGCCGGUUCCUCCAGACCCUGACGACAGCAUUGGCCUCGCGGUGGAGCCGAACGCGACAGCGCAGGUGGAUCCCGUCAGUAAGAUCGCCGUCGUUUCGCAGGAGCUCCCUGGACCUGCCGCGGCGCGCCAUGCCUCGAACGCCGCGAACAGGGCUGGGCGGCUCCCGCUGCAACGAAUGAGUCGUCGGCCCCGCCCCAUCCCAGCCUCCGCCGCAGCGUCCGCAGCGCCCGUCACCGGCAGCCAGGAGGUGGAGGCAGCCAACCAGAAGAAGGACGACUUGGUGGUCGUCGAGAACGCCUCGCACGAUGGCGGCGAGGCCAACGCGAGCCCGUGCCGUCCUGGCGGCGAUGGCUUCCCAAUCACUGCCAUCAAAGCGCAGGUGGGUGCGGAUCCCAUCAGCCAGAUCACCGGCGUUCGACACGAGCCCCCCGUCUUGGACGCGGCUAGCCCUCCGAUGGUUGUCGCUAGCUUUCCGCUGGCCAAGGUGCCGAAGCAGGAGCAGCAGGCCGUCGAGGAGGAGGUGGCCGACUUGGAGAUGGAGACAGUGGAACCCGAGGAGAUGCAGGCGCUCAACGACGACGCGCCAGUGGCAGACGAGAAGGCGUCUCCGUUGCAGGUCGUCAAGCCUCAGGAAGCCGACGAGGUGAGUCCGCGUCCUCUAGCCGCCUGUAGCGAUCUAUGA